CGCCGACGUCUUCUCUUUUUUUUUCCCAUCCCCGUACCUAACAUAGGUAGUACUCGACCUUCACCUCGACCAUGAAACACAGCAUUUCGCAGGCGGGAGCCACCGCCACGCUGCUGGCCCUGACGGCGAGCGCGCAGCUGUACCCCAACCAAAGCCCGUUGAACCACACAUGCCAACUCCAAGAAGCGCUUUUGUCCUGCCCAUCUCAAGACGCGUCCCGGGUUGAUUCGUGCUGCGUCGAGACGUUUGGCGGGCUGCUUCUCAGCACGCAAUUCUGGAACACAUAUACGGGGCGCGAGGCCGACGGCCAAUUCCUGCCGACCGACACGUGGACGCUGCACGGGCUGUGGCCCGACUUCUGCAACGGCAGCUACACACAGUACUGCGAUUUGUCGCGGCAAUACGACCCGAUUCCCUCGCCCAACACGACCAACGGGCUCGCAAACGGGACUGCAGUGCCCGCGUACACGGGUCCCAGCAUCGAUACUUUCGUCGAGCCCUUUGGCCGCUUCGACCUGCUCGCAUACAUGAGCACCUACUGGAUCGCAUGGCAGCAAGACAACGCGGGGUUCCACGCCCACGAAUUCUCAAAGCACGCAACCUGCUUCUCCACGUUCAACGUGCCCUGCUACGGCCCGCUGUACCGCCAGCACGAGGAUGUCGUGGAUUUCUUCGACACGGCCAUUAGCUACUACAGGCGGCUUCCGACGUUCGACUGGCUCGCUGAGGCAGGCAUUACGCCCUCGAAUCGCACCACGUAUUCGUAUGCGGAUAUUGUAACCGUCCUGAGUGACAGGCACGGCGGAAUCCCGUUUUUGGGCUGUACCGGUCCCAGGUUUAAUGCUACGGCCGCGGGCAGGAAUACCACGGAUAAGGGGUAUACCGUGCUGAAUGAGGUGUGGUACUACGAGCAUGUCUACGGCCGCCCUCAGGAAGGCAAUACCGUCUCUGUCAAUGCAUCAGCUAGCUACCUGACAAACUGCGCCACCUCGGCGGGCGCAAUCCUGUAUCCUGAGCGCAGCAAUGGCUCGGAAAAGGUACCUACUGUGCCAUAUUAAACGAAGAGAAGAAGAAAAUGAGCUUCUCUCUCCUUGUAAACAGAUACCUGCUAUGCUACUACAUAUAUACACAAUGUAAUCACGACAAA